CCUCACCAGUAGCUGGGAUUACAGGAGCACCUGUAAAGUUAAGCAGGCAAAAAGCAUUUGUGUAAAUGGCCCAAGCACACAUUUUAAGUGAGCACCGUUUGAGGGCUCUGAGUUUGCCUGUGAGGAUUCCCAAAGGGAUCUGUGUAGCUGGUGGCACCUCCCCCUCUCUUAUCGGAGCCCCCCAGCCCCUCCGUUCUCCCCACCCCCAGCUUCCCUCCGGUUCCUUCCCCCCACUCCCCGGUGAUUAGCUCGCAGCCUCUCCUCACCACACCCCGACUAUGGCUGUGUUUCUGCAGCUGUUACUGCUGCUGCACUCGAGGGCCCAAGGAAACCCUGAGGCUUCUCUGGAAGGCCACCCUGGGGACCUGGUGAAUCUCUCAUGCGUAGGAGUCUCUCACCCCAUCCGCUGGGUCUGGGCGCCCAGCUUCCCGGCCUGCAAGGGCCUGUCCAAAGGACGCCGGCCAAUCCUGUGGGCCUCUUCCGGCGGGACCCCCACCGUGCCUCCCCUCCAGCCCUUCGUUGGCCGCCUACGCUCCCUGGACUCUGGUAUCCAGCGGCUGGAGCUCCUCUUGAGCGUGGGGGACUCAGGCACCUUUUUCUGCAAGGGCCGCCAUGAGGAUGAGAGCCGUACAGUGCUUCACGUGCUGGGGGACAGGGCCCAUUGCAAGGCCCCGGGGCCUACCCACGGGUCCGUGUAUCCCCAGCUCCUGAUCCCGCUGCUGGGCGCUGGGCUGGUGCUGGGACUGGGAGUUUUGGGCCUCGUCUGGUGGCUGCACAGGCGCCUGCCCAAGCAGCCGAUUCGACCACUCCCUAAAUUUGCUUUGUCCCCCCCACAUAGCUCCACUUGUGAAAGCCGAGCCCCAGAGAGCAGCAAAGGAGGAAGAGCCCAAGAUUCCAGGGGACCUGGACCAGGAACCGAGCCUUCACUAUGCGGAUCUGGACCAUCUGGCCCUCAGCAGGCCCCGGCGGCUGUCCACAGUGGACCCUGCUGAUGCUUCCACCGUCUAUGCAGUUGUAGUGUGAAGGGAAGCCCUUACUCCAAACCUCCCAAGCUGGGGGCUCCCAGUUCCCCAUAAUCCCUCUCCCCUCCCUGAUCCCUCACCUGGAAGAGGAAGGCACCAUGGUAUAGAAAUAAGUGCUAGACUGGAAGUCAGGAGACCCGGGUUCUAGGCUGUCUCUGCCACUGAUGUUACUCCUAAACUUACUCCCAUGUCUCCCGUAACCUUCAUGUCUCCCUCGCCACCGGUGUCCCCUCUAUAUCCAGUCAAGCCCUAUCUCCUGUCAAAGACAUCAGUAACUCCCAGACAGUUGCCUUAUCUCUUCACUUCCUUCACUGUCAAGCUUUGGAACCGGGGGGCACACACCUGCCUCUUCCAUUUUCUUCUCCUUCACUCUAUCCCCACUGCUCAUCUGUCGAAAUUGCCUGUCUGCUCUCCACAAUGUUGCCAAUGGCGUCCUAAUAGUCACACCCAGUAGACGUUUUCAGCAUUCAUCUGGUUUGACCUCUGAUUACUGCAUUCUUUAAGCUCUGUUUUUCUUUGCUGCUGGUGUUUUCUUUUUGGACUCCUUCCUUGCUCCAUAUCCCCACAGUACUUAACUCCCCACCAUUCUAGGUUUGCUCCUUUCUCCUCCUUUCUUCUCUUCUAGCACACUCUCAUCCAUUCGGUCCUCAGCCCCUACCUCUGCAAAUGACACCCAGAACUCUCUCUGGCUCAGAUCUCAGAUUUGGGAUUAACAAACUUCCCCUUAGACUUUCUGCCUGACUGGCCUCAGGCAUUUUUGCUCUCUGGAUGUCAAACCUAACUCAUUGUCAUCUCUGAAGCCACUCCCUUAAUUCUCCUCUGCAUUCUCUCCUGAACAACCCAGUUGCAGGAAGGGCACGGUGGCUCAUGCCUGUAAUCCCAGCACUUUGGAAGUCCGGG